AUGGCUAUGGCUCUCCUCCACCACUUCGCCGUCAUCCUCCUCUGGUCCCUUAUAACCUCCUCCAUCGCCCAGAAGUUAUCGUCAACAAAAACGGACGCCUUAGCUCUACUGUCCUUGAAGAAGAUGAUCCGGAAAGAUUCCAACGGCGCCUUAUCCGGGUGGCAGCCCGGGAAGAGCCCCUGUACUUGGCCCGGCAUCACCUGCAACAACCUGGGCCGCGUCUCUGCCGUUGAUCUCGCCCAAUCCAAUCUGGUGGGCCCCAUCUCCUACUCCCCCUUCUCCUCCUUGGACAUGCUCACUUCAUUGAACCUCUCCGCAAACUCCUUCACCGUAAACGCAACCACCUCUCUGCCCCUACUCCCGCCCGCCGUCAACCAGCUCGAGCUCUCCUUUUCGGGCCUUGUGGGCCGUCUACCAGAAACUCUCUUCGCCAACUGCCCCAAUAUUGAGUACAUCAACCUCGCUUUUAACAACAUUACGGGCGCCCUGCCCGAGACCCUCUUCAUCGACAUAGACAAGCUUCGCUACCUGGAUCUCUCCUACAACAACAUAUCGGGCCCCGUGUCGGGCCUCAGAAUCGAGAGGUGCAGUUCCCUUUCCCAUCUCGACUGGUCUGGGAACCAAGUCUCCGGGCCUCUGCCGCGGGCUUUUGCCAACUGCACGGGACUGACCGAACUCAUCCUGCCAGAGAAUUCCUUGUCGGGCGAAAUCCCGCCGGAUUUCGGGUCCCUAAAGAGCUUGCAGAGGUUGGAUCUUUCCCAGAACCAUCUUACGGGAUGGAUCCCAAACCAGCUGGGUAACGUGUGUGGCUCGCUGGUCGAGCUCAGGCUGUCGAAAAACAACAUAACGGGCUCUGUGCCUGACUCAUUCUCGUCGUGUUCCAUGCUCCGGACGCUUGAUCUGUCAAGCAAUAACCUGACGGGCCCUUUCCCAGAUAAAAUUCUGCAGGGGUUGUCGUCUUUGGAGAGCCUUCUGCUCAGUAGCAACCGGAUUUCCGGCGGGUUCCCAUCUUCCAUUUCGUUAUGCAAGAACUUACGGGUGGUGGAUUUUAGCUCCAAUUCGCUUUACGGGACUAUCCCUCCCAACAUCUGUACGGAUAAUAGCAGCUCUUCACUUGAAGAGCUCAGAGCCCCUGAUAACUCCCUGUUUGGACAAAUCCCACCACAGCUAUCCAAAUGCUCCCAGCUUAAGAUAAUUGAUUUUAGCUUAAAUUACUUAAACGGCUCGAUCCCGGCCGAGCUUGGGAAUCUCGAGAUUCUUGAGCAGCUCAUUGCCUGGUACAACAGCUUGGAAGGGAACAUCCCCCCGGAGCUUGGCAAAUGCAAGAAACUAAAAAGUCUCAUCUUGAACAACAACAACUUGAGCGGAAAAAUCCCGAGCGAGAUAUUCAACUGUAUCGACAUUGAGUGGAUCUCUCUCACCAGCAACCGAGUUAGCGGUGAAAUCCCGAGAGAAUUUGGGUCUUUAAUGAGACUCGCAGUUUUACAGCUGGGCAACAACAGCUUUACUGGGGAGAUUCCCCAGGAGUUGGCCCAGUGCACGAGUUUAGUCUGGAUAGACUUGAAGAACAACCAGUUGACUGGCGAGAUCCCGUCUCGGCUCGGCCGUCAGCUCGGGGCGAAGGCGCUGACAGGUAUCCUGUCGGGCAACACCUUGGUUUUUGUUCGGAAUUUGGGGAAUUCUUGCACGGGAGUUGGUGGCUUGCUUGAGUUCGCCGGCAUCCGGCCCGAGCGGCUGCUGCAGGUGCCUUCCCUGAGGACCUGCGACUUCACCCUCAUGUACUCCGGCCCCGUCUUGAGUCUUUUCACCCGGUACCAGACUCUGGAGUACCUUGACCUUUCUUACAAUAACCUGCGCGGGAGGAUUCCCGAUACAUUUGGCGACAUGAUUGCUUUGCAGGUCCUUGUUUUGGCGCAUAACCAGCUGUCGGGUGAGAUCCCAGCCUCCUUGGGCCAGUUAAAGAACCUGGGCGUGUUUGACGCGUCCCAUAAUAGACUUCAAGGCCGCAUACCAGACUCCUUCUCCAUGCUCUCGUUCCUCGUGCAGAUUGACCUAUCUUACAAUGAGCUGACGGGCGAAAUUCCCCCGAGAGGGCAGCUUAGCACACUUCCCGCGAGUCAGUACGCGCACAACCCGGGCUUGUGCGGGGUCCCCUUGGAUGAGUGCAAGUACAAUGGGAAUCCCGAUUCGGGCCCCACGGGGAACGGUGGGAGGAGGGAUCACAGGGGAGUGGCGGCUGUCUCAUGGGCCAACAGCAUUAUCAUGGGCAUACUCAUAUCUGUGGCGUCCGUCUGUCUUCUAGUUGUGUGGGCGAUUGCCAUGAGGGCCCGCAAAAAAGAGGCGCAGGAGGUGAAGAUGCUGGGCAGCCUGCAAGCCGGCCACGCGGGCACCACCUGGCACAUCGAGAAGGAGAAGGAGCCACUAAGCAUCAAUGUAGCCACCUUCCAGCGGCAAUUACGGAAGCUCAAAUUUUCGCAGCUGAUCGAGGCCACUGAUGGGUUCUCAGCUGCCAGCAUGAUCGGGUCAGGUGGGUUCGGGGAGGUCUUCAAGGCGACCCUAAAAGAUGGGUCGAGAGUCGCAAUCAAGAAGCUCAUCCGCCUCAGCUGCCAAGGGGACCGCGAGUUCAUGGCUGAGAUGGAGACGCUUGGCAAAAUCAAGCACCGAAACCUUGUCCCUCUAUUAGGCUACUGCAAAGUUGGGGAGGAGCGGCUGCUGGUGUAUGAGUUCAUGGCCCACGGUAGCCUGGAGGAGGUCCUCCACUCGAGACCCAAAAACAACGAGAAAAAACGAGUUCUAAGCUGGGGCGAGCGGAAGAAAAUCGCACGUGGGGCCGCCAAGGGGCUCUGCUUCCUUCACCACAACUGCAUCCCUCACAUUAUCCACCGGGACAUGAAGUCUAGCAAUGUAUUGUUGGAUAAUGAGAUGGAGGCCCGAGUGUCGGACUUUGGGAUGGCGAGGCUGAUCAGCGCUCUGGACACGCACCUGAGCGUGAGCACGCUGGCAGGGACACCCGGGUAUGUGCCGCCUGAGUACUACCAGAGCUUCCGGUGCACGGCAAAGGGGGACGUGUACUCGUUUGGGGUGAUUCUGCUGGAGCUGCUGACUGGGCGGAGGCCGACGGACAAGGAGGAUUUUGGGGACACCAACUUGGUGGGGUGGGUGAAGGGGAAGGUGAGGGAGGGGAAGGGUAUGGAAGUCAUUGAUGGGGAAUUGAUGGUUGAUGGGGAGGUGAAGGAAAUGGUAAAGUAUUUGGAGGUGACACUUAGAAUCCAUGUAAUCACUAAUCGUAUGGGUUUCGGGGAAGUAAAGCUGCUGUCAAGACAAUGGGAAGUUGAAUAG